AUGAAUAUCUUGCCCAAGAAGAGCUGGCACGUCCGGAACAAAGACAAUGUCGCCCGUGUGCGGCGUGACGAGGCUCAGGCCCGGGAGGAGGAGAAAGCGCUGAAGAGUGCCUGGUACAGACGUCACACCUAUGUGAAUCACCUCGAGGUUCUCAAUGUUGUGCCUGUGACUGACUCUUCCCCAGGCCCGACAGAAUUCCUACGGAAGAAAGCCAGGCGUCAGAACUCACUACCUGAGCUGGAAGCAGCAGAGGCAGGAGCCCACUCCGGCCCUGUGGACCUAUUCCGGGAGCUGCUAGAGGAAGGGAAAGGGGUGACCAGAGGCAACAAAGAGUACGAGGAAGAAAAGCGACAGGAGAAAGAGAGGCAGGAGAAAGCUCUGGGGAUCCUCACAUACCUGGGCCAGAGUGCUGCGGAAGCCCAGACUCAACCGCCUUGGUACCAGCUCCCCCCAGGGCGGGGGGCGCCCCCACCUGGCCCAGGUCCAGAUGAAAAGAUCAAGCAGCGCCUGGACCCUCUGCGGGAGAUGCAGAAGCACUUGAAGAAGAAGAGGCGGCACAGUGGUGAUGGUGGUCACAGCAGAAAGGGAAAGGAGGGGCCGGACAAGCAGCGGCCGGAAGCACGCCCAUCCCUGGACCAGCUUCGAGCUGAACGUCUCCAGCGGGAAGCAACAGAGCGUGCUCGGGCAGAGGCCCUGCUGGCCCGAGUGAGGGGCACGGCCCCCCCGGAGGAACAGCCUGUGGAGAUGGACGAACGGCGGGGGCGGUACAACUCCCAGUUCAACCCCCAGUGGGCCCGGCGCCCUGCCAACAAGACCCCAGCGCUUACGGACUCCUGGGGGGAUAGGAGAGGCCGCAGCUCCCAGCCGUCAUAUAAAACUAUUUAUUCAUAAAUAUUUUCCAAAAUGAAAAUAGGUUUACCAAAAAA